AUGAAGUGCCUAGGGCCCGUGGGUCUGUUAAUAGUGUCGCUGUCGCUAUGCCAGUCCCUUCCAUCGGAGGUUACGACAUCAAGGUACACCAACGAAGGAAAAAUAAGUUUGAAUGUUGUUAAAUUUUCCAUUUUGCCAGAUUUUAACCAAGAAAAUUAUUCAAAUACAUUUUUGCCUUAUAAAAAGUCGAAAUUGUUGUCAACUUUUAAACCAAAAAGUCCAAAAAGUGCGCACACUCCACCAGAUGAAAUUUUACUGAAAGAAUUUAUUAGAAAAAACGCUCCAGAAUUGAACUUGUCGAAUAAGUCAAUUGAAAUAGUUACGGUUCAUAAGGUUCUAAAAAAUACGAGCGAAUUAAUUCUUAAUAAUACAAAUAACAAAUUAAAGAUAGUUAAUGCAAGCACUCCUAUUUUCAUUGAAGAUAUAAUUCCUUUAAAAAAUAAUUCAAAAGUUAUUCCCAAUAAUAAUAAAUUAAAUAUCGAACUAUUAAAUAAUGUUUUUAACUCGGAUUUAAGUAUUAAAGAUAAUGUAAAUAUACCAAAUGUAAAUAAUAUUAGUUUAAGUUUAAACACAUCCACAACUACUAACAAAUUUGUAGAUAAGAACACAAUAAUAAAAUUAAAACCGCAAAAUAUUCAAACAAAAUCGGGUUUGGUAAUAACGAAUAUACCGUUGGGAAAUUUACAAUUAGAUUCUCCGGUUAAUUUAUUCAUAAACGACAAUACCACUAAUGUUAGGAAGGUCGUAACUAUCAAGCCCAACUUGGCAAUUACAACGAGGAGGCCUUUAAUUAAUAAAAUAACUGAAACGAAACCUCCCUUUAGAAUAAAACUUACAAAAGUAUGGACUACAGCACAGCCUGCAAGGCGAACAAGCCCUCCUAAAGUCCCUAACAAUAAAGGGAACGUUAAUAGAAUAAGAAAACCUCAAAUUGUCAGAUCGACGACUCUAAAGCCGAAAAGCAGGAGGCCUUCUCCUAAUCGAAAAGUAAUAAAGAGACCUACAUUGAACAACUUUAAACAAAAUUGGGCAGACGUGCCGAUUCCAAAUCCGAUGCCAGAAAUCAGUUCACAUUCUCCAUCAUUUUCGUUGGCAGAUCUCUCCAACGACGGGGUGUUGGACGACUCGGUGUUUAUAGACGCACCGCCACUUGGAGGCGACGGUGGCGGCUCACAGCCAUUGCAGAACCCUUUGAACACAUUCACGCUGAGUAUGUUGCCGGACGGCACGAAACAGGGGACGGCAGGUGAAGGCAUCGGAUGCCCAACGGUGCACAUUGCCAGCUCGGUGCUUAAUGCUGCUCCACCACAAUUGCGGCAGGAAUGCUCCGACUUGAAUUUAGUAAUAAAUUCGCACAUACACCAAAACAGCGUGACAGAUCGGACGCCGCUGUCCCCUCUGGACGUAGAAACUUACGACAAUGAAGCCGAAGCUGUCGAAGCUGAUGAUGUCGGUGCAGCUGCGGUCGAGGACGAAGCUCCUUUGGCGGAUCCUGCGGGUGCUGCAACAAACUCCGUUCCUGGCGCCGCCGGCGGUACCGGUGGCUCAGGGGGCAGCGGCGGCAACGGAGGCGGCCAAAACCCGCUCAGCGGAUUUAAUCUGCCCGAUUUAAAAGGUCUCGGAGAUAUUUUAAAAUGGCUUGGAGAAGGUUUAGCGAAAAAAAUUAAAUUUUUCAUGAACCCUUAUCUUUACAUAAUUCCUAUUGCUUUAUUCUUUACUCUUGGUUUCCUAUUUAAAAUGGCUCUGUUUCCUUGGUGGAUACCAUUUUUGUUGCUGUUUUUGGGAAUCAAAUCAAAUAAUAGUAGAAAAAAAACCAGUAACGUGACCUUUUACAAGCACGCGCAUAAACCUGUUCACCAUCCCGAUGGUUGGUUUUGGAAUCACCAAACAAAAACAUGGCAAAAUGUCGCGGAUUAUUUGCACCAUAGGCGCGUCGGUUACGACGAAGGGGCUGGAGAGAUUAAUCCCCCCCACUUGUCCAAUAUUCCUGUGGCGAUACGAAAUUUCGCAGAGAAACACAGACAAAUGGUCAAAGAUAUCGAAUGGAGAUCGGCUGCAAUUGGUGACACAAUCAAGCAGCUGACGAAUCAGCUGAUGGAAGUAAACGCAACAUCUGCAGGCGUAAUGACAUUUGACACUAGAACCCCUCCGAAAGUGAAACAACAACAAAAAAUUAAAAAGGAACCGAUGGAGAACUCGCACGCAGGCGUCGCCAUUCCGAUAGAGCCGGACGAAUUGGAGGCAGGCGAUAAAAUCGAGGAGACCACGAAAAAAUUGAAUUUCUACAAAAUCGAAAGACCGACAACGAACGGUGGUCUAUCCACUUGGAUUUUGCUAAGCGGACAGAGCAGCACCACAAAGGCCCCGAAAAAACCGCCGGCACUUGUAAAACCUAUCGAACAAGUCGCUGCCGAUAUCAAAAAUAUGACGGCAGUGGUUACCGCAGAGGCACCGCCAAGAAUAAUAAAGCCACUUUUUAAAAAAAGAACUACCACAAGAAAGCCUGUAACUGUCAAAAAUGCAACUGAAUCGAUUAAAGUUUCUAUUGAAGCCGGGAAAUCUUCGACGACCACUUCAAAGCCCAAGGUUACUAUAACAACUACUGCUGCUAGUAAGCUGACUAAAGUUAAGGCCACAAUGUUGAAAAACGCAUUAAAUAAGAAAAACACCACCACUGCUGCCCCCUCAAAGAAAACAACAGCGACAAACUUAAAUACGAGUACCACAGCGAAACCCAAUCAAACAUCCACCUCCACAGUAGUAAGCGUAAUAAAAAAUAGCACAGAUUCUCCAAUAAAACUCUUAGAGUCGAAUGAACUGCCAGCCGAAGCCAAGGAGGGUGAAACCGACCUGUCAGACAAAAAGAAAAAGAGCGUAAAAAGAAAGAAAAACAAGACGAGGCGUCGAAAACCUGCGGCCGACAAAAGUUCCAACAGCACAAAAAUUGCAAAACAAAAAAUAGCAGGAAAGGAAAAACCGAUUGGUACGCAACUGUACAACUAUCUAUCGCGAGAAGUGAUGCCAACCGUGGGGGUCGGCAUGGUUGGACUUCUUGUGACUGCCGGUCUUGCCAGCUAUUUCCUGUACCCGUUCGGCGUGGCCAGAAGGUCCUACGAAAUCGACAGAAGAGAUAAAGAGGGUGCGUACUAUUACAACGAUUACGCGGGAGGCAUCGCCGAAGAGGAAGCCAUUGGCAAAGUUAUAGCCGGCAUGCCGUCCAACUCGAUUUACGGAAGCAACGCUUACAAAACUCCAUCGUCUAGAAACGCUUAUUCCAAUGUUAACGUUAGAUACAGACAGGUGGACAGAAGAUCGCAGCAAGCCCAACAGGCUCAGCAAUCCAUACAGGAAAAAAUCGACCAAGUACAGUUGACAACCAAAAAACCGCCCGUAUACGAAAAUUCCUACGUUAUUCCUCAAAACUACCAGAGCGAUACUUAUCAACCGGUUACGUACAAUUUAAAUGAAGACAGUAAAGAAAAAUACGAGGAGGAAUCCAAAUUUGUGGUGGGAAAUAUACCAAAAGAAUUAAACAGCGAGGCUACGCCCGUCUCUGUUCCCGAACACGGGCCAAGAAGCCUCAGGAUACGAAGGAAGCGUAGUAAAGAUAUCGAAAAUGAAAUUGAUAACGAAAUUAACGAUCUCGAUAAAAAUGGUCAAAUAAUUAAAAAUAAAUUGACUACCAAACAAGAAGAAACAACCACAACAACAACAACUGAAUCGUUUACUACAGAAAAAACUCCCGACAAAGUUGUUUCGUUUUUUGACCUUCUCAAAGACGUUUUUCAUAUGAAAUUGCACCUGGGUCUUCAACUCAUUAAAAAUGCAACACAGACAGUAAACACUUAUGUUACAAAGGUGCAGAGCAGAUUGGACGAACAUUAUAGAAACUAUACCGAACAAAGAAACAAAAAUAUUUACCACUAAAAACUCACGCUUACAAUAAAUAAAAAGUAAGUUUGCUUACCAAGUAUUAUGCAGUAGAUUUAUUAAUUUAUUUUUUUUAAAUUUUAAUUAUGUACUUUUGAAAAUAACGGAAAAAAUGUCAUUAUUUUUUAAGGGGUAUUUUUGAAAGUACGUAUUUUCAAAAAGGGUAGGAGUUUGGACACGUGAAGAAAUACACAAUAUUUCAAGAAAUUUUAUUUAAGAUAUAACAAUAAAAUGUUUGUACUAUAAGACUGUAUUAUAUAAAAGUUGAUAAAUAAAAGGAACUUUAAUUUUUAAACAACCUCUUUCAUUGAUUACACAUACAAGUUUUUAAAAUUGUAGGUUGGUAGGUACCUACUAAAAUAAUAAAUAAUAAAUAACUAAUCACAAAAAUAACAUAAAAC